AUGAAGUUUGCGCAAAAAGCUUGGGAAGAAAUUGGCAUUUCCCUUCCUCUUCCUACGGCUCCUAAUUUCAAGGAUUGGUUCAAUGCUAUGCUUCAAAAUCAGCAGCAGAACCUGGCUCUCAUUGCAAUGACUUGUUGGGCAAUUUGGAAUAACCGUAAUGAGAUUGUUUGGCAGGCUCUAUCUUUCACAGUUUCCAAGGCUUUGUGGAUAGCUUGCAACCUUCUAGAGCAAUGGCGUAAAGAGAAUGUAGUUCCUCCUCUAGCUACAAGUGAAACAAAGACUGCUAAUAAUUCUAAAUGGAGUCCUCCGGCUGCGGGCAAGUUCAAAUUAAAUGUGGAUGCAGCAGUGUUCACAAAUCAGAGGAAAUGUGGAUUAGGGUUCAUUAUUCGAGAUGACCAGGGUUCAUUUGUGGCAGCGAGAGCUACUCAGGUUCAUGGCAUCAUUGACCCAGCAUUAGCUGAGGCGUUGGGGGUACGCGAGGCCCUCUCAUGGCUGAAAUCUAAUUUUCCUCAAGUUCAUGAAAUUGAAAUGGAUGCAAUUACGGUAUACAAUGCACUUCAUAGAGAUGAACCAGAUUUUUCCUACUUUGGGUUACUCAUCGAAGAUUGUCGUUCUCUUGCGCGGAACAUUCCAAACAUCAGAUUCCUUUGGACUAGAAGAACGGCAAAUAAAGCAGCUCACAUUCUAGCACAGACCGCUAGAACUUUACAAAAUCAUGUUGUUUGGUCGUAUUAUCCACCCCUUUUUCUUUAUGAUGUACUCUCAACUGAUUCGAUGAAUGAUUAA